UCCUGCGUCUCUUCCUCUUCCUCUCCCUCUUCGUCUUGGUCUCCCUCCGCCGCAUCCAAUGGCCGUCGACACUGUGCUCGAAAAGUCCGUCCUCCGCCUCGUCAGCGGCGGCGGUUGGCGGGCGGUGCUCGUCUUCGUCGCCCUCGCGGCGUCAGCCGCCGUGCUCCUCGCUUCGUUCUCCACCUCCACUAGCGCCCCCGCAUGGUUCUCCAUUUAUUCCUCCUCCUCGAUAUCCUCUGCGUCGGCGCGUCCACCGGUGACGACGCCGGCUGCCGUGGAGCCCUCCGGUGGCGUAAAGGUUGCGCCUUUGUGGGCUUACGGGGUAGCCUGCAAGUUCCGAUUCUUCCUCUGUUUCCAUCGUCCAUAAGCCGCCUUCUACUAGUUCCCCUGCUCCUGCUCCAAUUGAGAAUCCUCCUGUUCCUGCUCCUGUUCCUGCUUCAAUGGAGAUAUCUCCUGCUCCCGCGCCUUCUCUCCCAUCACUCUGGAGCGAGACAGAUCUCCAGCUUCUCGACGCGAAGGAACAGAUCGCACGCGCUCCUCCUCUUCCGAACGACUCCGAUCUCCACGCUCCAUUGUUCUUGAACGUCUCUGCUUUCAAAAGGCGAGAAGAAGAAAUUAUCACCUCUCCUCUAGUUAAAGGGCAACCCUUCACGUCGUUGAUCAUUGCAGGAGCUACGAGCUCAUGGAGAAGAUCUUGAAGGUCUACGUCUACAAGGAAGGAGAAAAGCCUCUGUGCCACACGCCUGAACUGACCGGCAUCUACGCCUCCGAAGGAUGGUUCAUGAAACAGUUAGAGGAGAACAAGCAAUUCGUGGUGCAUGAUCCAGACAAGGCUCACCUUUUCUACCUUCCCUACAGUUCGCGCCAGCUCAGAACCCAUCUCUACGUCCCCGAUUCUCACUCCAUGCAGCCAUUGUCGAUCUUCUUGAGGGACUACGUCAACUUGAUCGCCGCCAAGUUCCCCUUCUGGAACAGGACAAAGGGCUCAGACCAUUUCCUCGUCGCUUGCCACGAUUGGGUACCUCGAUUUCUCCCCUUAAUUAGACGUCGAGGGAUUACUUUUCCGAUGAUCUUCCGGCUGUUGCUCUUGCUUCAGGGAACCUACACCACAAAGCUCCACGAGGAACUCCGGAGGAACGCGAUCAAAGUGGUGUGCAAUGCGGACGUCUCCGAGGGGAUCUUCCUGCGCGGGAAGGACGUUGCUCUGCCGGAGACGUACGUGAAGACGCCCAAGGAUCUGCACAAGGACGUCGGGGGGAGGCCGGCGUCACGGCGGAACAUCUUCGCCUUCUUCGCCGGCCAGAUGCACGGCCGCGUCCGGCCGGUCCUCGUCCAGCAGUGGAAGGGCAAGGACAGCGACAUGAAGAUCUACGAGAAGCUCCCCGCGGCCGUCGCCCGGCGGAUGUCCUACGUCGAGCACAUGAAGUCGAGCCGGUUCUGCAUCUGCCCCAUGGGCUACGAGGUGAACAGCCCCAGGAUCGUGGAGGCCAUCCACUACGAGUGCGUGCCGGUGAUCAUCGCCGACAACUUCGUGCUGCCGUUCGAGGAGCUGCUGGACUGGACCGCGUUCUCCGUGGUGGUGCCGGAGAAGGAUAUCCCGAACCUGAAGAAGAUCCUGAAGGGGAUCAGCGAGAGGCGGUACAAGAGGAUGCAAAGCAACGUGAAGAAGUUGCAGAGGCAUUUCUUGUGGAACUCCAAACCAGUCAAGUACGAUCUCUUCCACAUGAUCCUGCACUCCGUUUGGUUCAACAGAUUGAACCAGAUGAACACGAAAGCUUAACAGAUUGUUUAUUUAAUCAAUUUUUAGAGUAAAAAUCGAUCCUCGAGAAGCUGAUGAUUUGAUAUCCCACCACGAAUGUUGACGUUGGAUCAGUUAUUUUUUUUUUCAAUUAAUCCUGAACAAUGUUUAAGGUGCGGACAUAGACUCCAAUUAGGUCACAAAACAUUAGUUGACACUUUUUUUUCUACAACUUAAGACGAGAUUGACAUUGAUGAUGUUACCAUAAAUUUGACUUUGAUAGGGUUACGUUUAGUUGUUUUUGGUUAGGCUCAUCUCUGUGUAGUGAUUUAUGGCUCGUAUAAUCAUA